CCGCGCCCCGCCCGGCCGCCUCGCCUCCUCCGCGGCGGGCCCCCCUCGCAGCUGCGCGGCCGCCGACACCCAGGCAGGCGCGAGCCAUGGAGGGCAACCGCGACGAGGCGGAGAAAUGCGUGCAGAUCGCUCGCGAGGCCCUGAGCGCCGGCAACCGCGACAAGGCCCAGCGCUUCCUGCAGAAGGCCGAGAAGCUGUACCCGCUGCCGGCCGCGCGCGCAUUACUGGAAAUAAUUAUGAAAAAUGGAAGUACUGCCGGAAACAGCACACAUUGCCGGAAACCUCCAGGGAGCGGCGGCGACCAGAGCAAGCCCGCCUGCGCCAAGGACAGCGCACCCGGCGGUGGCGAAAGUGGAAAAGUCUAUACCAAAGACCAAGUAGACGGAGUUCUCAGCAUAAACAAGUGUAAAAAUUACUAUGAAGUUCUUGGAGUUACAAAAGAUGCUGGUGAUGAAGAUUUGAAAAAAGCUUAUAGGAAGCUUGCUUUGAAGUUUCAUCCAGACAAAAAUCACGCCCCUGGAGCCACGGAUGCUUUCAAAAAGAUUGGAAAUGCUUAUGCGGUUUUAAGCAAUCCAGAGAAACGAAAACAGUAUGACCUCACAGGCAGUGAAGAGCAAGCUUGUAAUCACCAAAACAAUGGCAGGUUCAACUUCCACCGAGGCUGUGAAGCUGACAUAACACCAGAGGACCUGUUCAACAUCUUCUUUGGUGGUGGAUUCCCUUCAGGUAGUGUACACUCAUUUUCAAAUGGCCGGGCUGCUUACAGCCAUCAACAUCAGCACCGACACAGUGGACACGAAAGAGAAGAAGAAAGAGCAGAUGGAGGGUUUUCUGUGUUUAUCCAGCUGAUGCCCAUUAUUGUAUUGAUCCUCGUGUCCUUGUUAAGCCAGUUGAUGGUCUCGAACCCUCCUUACUCCUUAUAUCCCAGAUCUGGAUCAGGACAAACUAUUAAAAUGCAGACAGAAAACUUGGGCGUUGUUUAUUACGUCAGUAAGGACUUUAAAAGCGAAUAUAAAGGAACACUAUUACAGAAGGUAGAAAAGAGUGUGGAAGAGGAUUAUGUGACUAAUAUUCGAAAUAACUGUUGGAAAGAAAGACAGCAGAAAACAGAUAUGCAGUAUGCAGCAAAGGUGUACCGUGAUGAACGGCUGCGGAGGAAGGCGGAUGCUCUGAGCAUGGACAACUGCAAAGAGCUUGAGCGACUGACCAGUCUCUACAAGGGGGGAUAAGCUGGAAGUCCUGCCCACUCCUUUCCAUGUACUCUGUCUUUUCUGUAAAGUUCAUUUCGCCAUGAAGCCGAAGAAGAUUUGAUUAAAGACUAAGCUGAGUAGUUGAUUUCUGAAAUCUUGGACUGUUAAUGAUCUACUGGCUCAUUUCAAUAGUAAGAACUGAAAACUAAAUAUUUUAGUAUGCUUCUGCAAUUACUUUCACUUUAAAAUCUUACAUGAUUCCUUAUGAUGUCUGGAGAGGAUUGUCACACCUGUAGCAAUUGCCAGUUUUAGUGAUUCUCCAUUAUUCCUUUGCCAUGUAAAUAUUUUUAGGAUGAUUUUGUGUAUAUAGGAGCGCUUGCCUUUUAUUUAAAUUACUUUAGCGUUUAGCUCCACGAGACACUUCGUUUAGGCUGAUGGAAUAAAUGUCUAUGACACAGCCACACUUCCCAUUAGGUGACUGGUGUGUGGAGUUGAAACAAUGAAUUUUUUUCAAAAAGGAAAAACAAAACUUUAUGUAAAAUUUGAUAUCAGUGUAGAAGGAAUUGGCAUUUUUAAUAUUGUUCUUGUAUUCCAGAAUCUGUAAUGAGAUAAAUGAACUGGUGUAUACUAUCAGUAUGCUCUUUAGUCUUAUGAAUUGCUAAGCCAUACAUAGGAACAAAAUGCUAUAAGAUAGAUUUUAAAGAAAAUAUGACGAUAAAUAUUAUGCUAAAUGAGUUUUCAAUGGUAAGUUGCAAUUUUUCCAUUUAUAAUUCCGGUAAUUAAAAGUUAGCCCCAAAUGUUCAUUAAUGUGUCUUUCAAGGCUACUGAAGUUUAUGAAGCAAAAGAUGAACUUUCUUCCCGUGGAAAUUCAGUUUCAUGGAGAUGACUGAAGCAGGACCCCAAAGCAAAUGAAUUCUUCUACAAAUAAGUAAUAAGAACACAAUGACACUACUACCCAGCUUCGUGCCUUCACAAAUGUGGCUGGUUUACUUGAUGGAGCGUUAUCUGUUGGGCCACACACAGCCCUGAGCAGCAGCUAGAGCAGUGAUGGACAGUCGUCAUCGGCAUUCUGAGCUAAGCUCCACUUACCACCAGGCAACUCAUCAGCUCUUUAGAAUAAACUCCUUCUAACAAAAUCUGUCAUAUAUGGCGGGCAAACAGAGUUGGGAUUUGAAGUUUUGGUGCUUAUUGGGUUUGAAUUGAUUUCUGGUCUUGGGUGUUCAAUGGUAGUGAUGGCUUACUGGUUUUGCUACAUACAGUUAAAGAAUUACAGAUUACAUUUACAUUCUUGGUAGUUUGUUGUCACCCCCCCAUCCCUUGCUCAAGAACGAGACUGUUAGGUAGAGUGACAUUGUGCUGUUGCUUAAGGAUUCUUUUCUAAAUAUUGCUCAUUUAUGUCCUCUGUUGAAUUUUCUUUAAAAUGGUCUCUUGUAUUCUGUUGUCAGAUUCUUCAGUAGAAAUACCUGAUUAUAAUAGUGGGUUAAAUUACACACAUUGUUUUAGGAGUCUGGACAACCCAACCAUGUCUAGAAACACGACCUUUAAAAAUAGGAGUGCUACAAAGAAAGGAAAGGUUGGUUUUAAAGUUUGCACAUAAUACAUUUAAUGUGAAACUAUUAAAAUGCUGCCUAUCUAGUCAUCUUUAGUAAAAACCCUUUCCUCACCAUCUAUACAUAUUUUGUUACUCUCUAGAGAGAAUCUUGACUUUUCUACAUUCUGAGGAAUAACUUCAAAGGACCACGAUCUGCGGUGGCUGCUUCUACCUCUUGUGUCUGUGUCGGUCAAUUUUGGUUGCCUCUUGCUCGGGUUCUUCUGCAUGCUCUCACGAAGGCUGAGGGCUUGGUAUAGGAAUCACUGCUCUUUACUUGGAACAAACCUGGGGCUGAGUUUCACACCAGUGUCACCCUCACAAUCCCAGGGCACUCUGGGCCUUGUUCCCAGAGCCUUCCGAGUUCUGAUCUACUUCCUUCAGCAGCCUUCCUAUCUGACAGUUAGCCUGAAUUAGUGUUGUCUAGUUCAUGUGAAUGGUUUUCUAAGGUUGCGUGCCUCUACAUAGCUGUUUGCAUUUCUACUUCUUUCUCAUUAGAAUCUUCUCCAGCUGUCAUUUCAGCGUUCAGUUGCAGAUUUCUGAAUCGCAUCAAACCAUUAUUAUCCCUUUAACUUCUCUGCAUUUCCGUCACCUGCUGAUCUUGUUCUCUGGUACAAGAUGAUGAGUCUUAGUGCUUCUCUUCCCAGAGUCAUCUGGUCCUCGAGGAGGCUGCCAUGCUGCUUUAGUGAUGCUUUAGUGCUUGCUCAUUGGGUCACUUUCUUUUUUUUAUUUUGAGUCUCACUGUGUAGCCCUGGCUGGCUGGAACUCACAGUGUAGACCAGGCUGGCCUGGAACUCAGAGAUUGGCCUGCGCCCCACCCCACCCAUGCUGGAAUUAAUGGCAUGUGCUCCCACACUUGGUAAUAAAGUGGGGUGGGUUUUUUGUUUGUUUUUUGUUUUUUUGAGACAGAGUUUCUCUGUGUUGCCCUGCCUGCUCUGUAGACCAGGCUGGCCUCGAACUCACAGAGAUCUGUCUGUCUCUGCUUCCUGAGUGCUGGGAUUAAAGGUGUGUACGUGCACCACCACCCGGCCAUAACGUGUAUUUUCAUUCAGAGGAAACAUACUUUUUCAUUUCCCAUGAAGACCAUGGAUCUCCUGUUUAAUUAAACAUAGACAUUGAAAUAUCCAUUUCCUUUUUUUUUUUUUGUUUUGUUUUUUGUUUUUCGAGACAGGGUUUCUCUGUGUAGCUUUGCGCCUUUCCUGGAACUCACUUGGUAGCCCAGGCUGGCCUCGAACUCACAGAGAUCCGCCUGACUCUGCCUCCCAAGUGCUGGGAUUAAAGGCGUGCGCCACCACCGCCCGGCUGAAAUAUCCAUUUCAAAUCUCUAGUUUUUAAGCUGUGACAACUACAUUCUUAAGUUUCUUGUUGAUGUAAGUCCUCUGCUCUUACUUCUAAGAGUGUCAUAAAUCCAGUGCACUGUUUUAAGUCUUCUUUUUUCUGUAUUUUAUCUAAAGAAAGACAUGUUGUCACACCGUUUCAGCUCAGUAACUUUCCUUAGUUGUUCCCUCUCAUCUCCAGCCAGAUUUGCACCCAUCAGCCCGGUCUGCUCAGUUUUCCCCUUGCUCUGUUAGCACGGCCUUUAGCUUAGAACAUUCAACUUCAGGCUCUGUAAGUGACUCAGCCUCCGGUCAUUCCUGUGAUUCUUGCAACUGUUUGAAAUUGUUUUAUUAUAAAUUUUAUUUAUUCUUACAUUUAUAGUGUGUACGUGUGUGUGUGUGUGUGUGUGUGUGUGUGUGUGUGUGUGUGUGUGUGUGUACAUGUGCCAAGGUGCACAUGUAGAGGUUAGAGAACAACUUGUAGGAGUUAGUUUUCCUUUUAUACCUUGUUCACUUCUGCAGAUUGAACUGGAGUCUUCAGACUUGUGCAGGAAGUAUUUUACCACUGAGCCGUCUCACCAGCCCUCACAUUCUAUUUUAUAUCUUAAUUUCAUAGGUAGUGUCUUCAGAGAGACUGCAUCUCUUCAUUAGAUAGCUUUUUAUCCCUGGCAACUAUGUUUAAUUUUUUUCAUUUUCUCCCUUCUUUUUUCAAAAACUGUUUUAUUAGCACAUAUUAAUUACCUAUGACAAUGGGUUUCAUUUUGACAUUUUCAUACACACAUGUAUAAUACAGUCCAUCAUCUUCACGUCCUAUGACCCUCUCUUGUUCCCUCCUACUCCACUGAUCCUCUUCCCUUCAGUCUUUUUGGUGGUGGUGGUGAUGAUGAUGAUGAUGAUUACGACGACCCAAAGAGUUUUCCUUAUGGUUGAAUGUAGGGCUUAGGUGAGGAGUUAUUAACAGGAACACAGGCACAUUACCAGUCCUGCAACCCUGAAGAAAAUAUCUCCCUCCCUCAUCAACCACUAACUGCCUAGAGACGAUCAGGGUGGGGUGCAGCCUCGUGAGCACCCCCCCCCCCACACACACACACAGCAGGAUUUGGAAGGGCCCAACCUUAUAGAGACCAUGUGCAGAAUCCCAGUGUGACGACUGUGUCAUGGCCAGAAAGCAGUGUUCCACAACUUCACCACUUCUUGCAUUAUUUCCACCCCUGUUCUGUACUGUUCUCUGAGCCUCAGAGUGAGCAAUGUCGAUGUCCCACUCAACGCUCAGCACUCAGUAGUCAUGUCUUCCCAUUACUGUGACCAUUAUGAGCUCCGAAGUUACUUCUGCCCAUUACAAAAAUAAGUUUCUCUGACAAAAGCCGGCUGUAGCACUCACCUACGGGCACAAAACGUAACAACCAGUUUGUCAUCUUUUUAUUUGAAUGGAAAUCUGCAAUUGCAAAGUUCUGUCUCCACUUUCGAGUGGUCUGUGAUCCUCAUGGUUUUACAUUUGCUGGUCUUGACGUUCACUGGUCUUAUUUCCCACUUUUUCUUCAAAAUAGUUCACUGUGCCUAUUUUUAGUUGCUAUUUGCCUCUCAUUGGAUUGAAAAAUAUAGAAACUUCAUGAAUUUUGUGUCAUCCUUGCACAGGGGCCAUGUGAAUCUCUGUAUUGUUCUGCUGUUAGUACAUUGCUACAGAAUGAGCAUACAUCAUAGAAUUUUAAGUAUUUUCUUGAGCCUGUAGAAUAAGUCACUUAAAAUGUAGCAUUCUAAUUAGCUUUGAAAGCUCAUAUCUAUCAAGAAAUUUGUAGAAACUGGAAUGAAAGUUUUUAAGCUAUUUUUCCAGUUUUAUUAGGAAAUUUACAUUAAUGUGAUCGAUAUUUACAUGAGCCAAACCUACGUAAAUCCCACUGUUCCAGGAUGGAGACGAUAGGUCAGGUUAUCAGAUUGAGGGGAACUAACACAGCGUAGAGCUGCACAUGGCUUCCGACAGUAUUGUUUCAGGUUUGUUGCUGCAUCCCAUCACAUUUAUGACAUUUAUGGGUUAGAUUAAACAAAACUUGGAAAUAGCUGUGGGCAUGGUUGGCUGAGUGCCUGGUAUCUUAAGCAAUGUAUAAAGUAUAUAAAUAAAGACUGAAUUCUUAAUGAUACCUGUAUUGUGGAAAGAACUAGUUAGUGGCUUUGAAUUUAAUUUCAUGUGUAUUUGGAUGACUUGAACUGAAAGAUUUUUUUGUGUUUGCUACCUACUCUUAUGAUGCAAAUCCCAGUAUUUUCCUGUCUUAUAGCUACAUGAAGUUUCUUAAUUUCAUUUGAUCACUUUCAUCUUUACCCAGCAGCUCUUUACCUUUGCAUACUAAUUAGGUUUCUAAAUAAGUUUUUGGAAGUUUGGGAACAGUAGUUAUAUUUUUUAGUAAUUGACGUUUUAUCCCUUUAGACACAGAGAAGCACACACACACACACACACACACACACACACACACACACACACUUUGGGAGGAAAGAAAACAGCACUUUUCCUCCUUUCGAGUCCCUUCUUUCUGAAUACACUGAUAUUAGUUAUUUAGUCAUCUUGAAGUCUUAGGAUUUUUUUUUUAUCAAAUAGGUUAAUUGAACACAGAGAAAUUUCAAGUUUUCCAUCUAAUAAGUGAAAACAACAUUUUGAGACCUGAUUGCAUUUGAGUGCAUAAUCAUUUCAUAACUACUACAUGCUUAUUUAUGAUUUUCAAAUAAUCAGUAAGGAAAACCAAGGUCCUUACAGUAUAAAGGGUGUUUGUGUGUGUGUGUGUGUGUGUGUAUAAGUGCUCUGUUUUUGUGUCAGCUCAGGUGUUUCCAAGAACAGGAAUGUGGAGUGCUAGCCCUUAACUUCAAAUGCACUUUUAUGCUUAAUUUUUCUUGCUGUUCAAACUUUUACACUGAUAUGUAAAAUAAAAUGAGUUUUUACUCUCCUUAUCUUUAUUCGUAAUAUUGGAAAUGCAGCUAUUUAGCACAUGGUACAGCUGUUGCUGCGUUCUGAGAUACUUAAUUUUAAAAACUCCCACUUUUUAAAGCAGUGAACUAUUGAUUGGUAGGCCAGAGGGCCACAUGACCAUCUUUUCAAUCUGACAGGUGUUGUCACCAAGGACCAAAUGGUUUAAAGAGGAAUGAGUAUCUCUGCUUAGCUUCUCCACCGUGAUGCUCGAGCUUAGUCCUGGAUGCCUUGCUAGCCAUCUGUUUAAAAUUGAGUGAGGCAAACUGAAAAGAAACCCAUAACAAUUUUUAUUAUCUGUAUAGAAAAAUUAUGAAAAUGAAUUUUAAUCAUGAGAUAGCUAAAAAUACUUGUUUAGUAGCCAUAUCAGAGUCAGUAAAAUCCUUAAAAUUCUCUAUAAACCAAUGAAAAUAAAAUAGCCUGACAAUAA